AUGCCCCCUUGGGAGCACCACCUGGAGCGGCCCCCUGGACAUGGAAUGAUCAGGGAGCUGUUCAAGAAGGUGGUGCCCCAGCAGUGCCUGGGCUCCGUCUGGUCCCGGAGGAACAGGCCUGGCAACGAGCACCUGGCACCCACAGUCCGGGCCACCAUCGCCCAGUUCAAUGCUGUGGCCAGCUGCAUCGUCACCACGUGCCUUGGCGACCCAAGCAUGACAGCCCGGGACAGGGCCGCGGUGGUGGGCCACUGGAUCCGGGUGGCCAAGGCCUGUCAGAUCCUAGGGAACUACUCCUCCCUGCGUGCCAUCCUGGCGGCUCUGCAGAGUGCCUCCAUUCACCGCCUGCAGAGGACAUGGGACAACGUUUCCAGGAAGAGCUUCCGAACAUUCCAAAAGCUCUGCAGAGAAGACAACCCCCAGGGCAGGGAACUACUCAUCAAGAAGCGGCCCUCGAAUAAACUGGCCAGCCUGGGGAGGCAGCUGCAGAGAGCGCGGAAGGGGCUGCCGAAGAAGGGUGUCGUCCCAUACCUUGGCACUUUCCUCUCCGACCUGGUGGUGCUGGAUACAGCAAUGGAGGACUACCUGGAGGGCAAUGAGAUCAACCACCGCAAAAAGAAUAAGGAAUACCGAGUCCUCACGGACAUCAUGCUGCUCCAGGCGGCGGCAGAGAAUUACUGCCUAGAGCCCCAGCAUCCAUUCACGGCCUGGUUCUGGGCUGUGGAGCGGCUCAGCGAGGAUGACAGCUACAACCUGUCAUGCCAGCUGGAGCCGCGGUCCUAGCUGGCCAGCAGAACACAAGCACCAGGACCACUGGCUACAGCCACCAUCAGACCUGAACCCGUGCACACUGGCUGAGCCAAGGAUUGCCCCUCGGCCCCUGGGCUACUUGUGGUGCACGAGCCCUAUCCACUGCUCAACACCCCUUCCUCUCCCCUACAGAAUUACUUGUUCUGGAGGGGGCAAUAUUGAAUAUAAUUAAAGGGCUGUUAUUUAACCACAACAACAAUAACAAAAAGGAAUGAGAACCCUUGGGAUUAAAGUUUUCUUACCAAAAUAAUAAUAGUAAUAAUAAUAAUAAUAAUAAAGGUUUUUAUUUUCUCCUCUACCUGCCCACGUGUGCGUUUGGUUCUUUUAUUUCCUACGGUAAGGUACAACGUGUACAGACUCUCUUCUUCAUUCCUGAACCCAGAA